GCCAUUGAUAACAGUAACCCUAUCAACGUUUCCCAGACACAUCCACAGGCUCCACAUCUAUGCACGCCGUCGUUUACGUCUUUGUGGCCGCGGUAUGCGUGUUCUAUGUGUGUCUCUUGCUUGUGCUCAACAAGUUUUCUCACGUGUCGGUGAAAGGAUUAGGAUGGUUAUCACUUAAGAAAGUAUCAAUAGACUUGGGAUCGACCCAAUUAUACGUUCGCCGGGUUGGAUUCAGACUCAAUUUCUGGAAAGAAGCUGGGUCUCCGUUCAAGUUUAUUCAUUUAGAAGUCAGUGGGUUGAAAGUUCAGGUGAGUCCACAAAAGAGUGAGGAACAACAAGAAGUUGAAGAUGACCCUAAAGAUGAGCCUACCAAUUCUCUAGAUUCUCUCUCCGACUUGCUCUCAUUCCUGGUGAAUAAAAGGAUUUUUGACUUUAUUGUGGUGGACAAGAUCAUCAACCAGUUCAUCAUCCAUCUCUAUCAAACUUCCAUCGAACACUCGCAACUCAAGCAAAAAUUCGUUCUUGAUUACAUACGACUCGAGAAUCAGUUCAAUAAGACUGGUAGUAAUCGGUUUGUGGUGACCUUUUAUAACGGGUAUAUUCAGAACGUUGAGAAUGAAAAGGGGUGUAUUUUCCAAAGAAUGGCACCUCCUAGUAAGGAGUCCUUGGACAACCAGGAAUCGGCCAAGGACGCCCCAACUACAGACCCAGAUGCUCAGGUCAAACUCUACCGAAACAUCGAGUUCACAGUCAAAUGUGACACGGUUCUCUCGUGCAAGAAGUCUUCCCCCGGUCGAUUGUUUGUUAAAUUGGAGAAUUUCCGUCUCUUCCUCUCUAUUGGGAAAAUGAUGAUUCCCUUGGAAAAUGUACGGGAAAUGGUCACCACCUUAAAGGCGGGAAAGAUCUCCCCUAAGUCCCAAAGCAAAUCCAAACCGCCUCGUGUGCCAAACUUGUCCUUUUUGCUGUCAAUGGAACUCAAAUUCGAAGAUUUCCAAUUCAUCAACGGUGAAUACGAAGGUCAAGUGUCGAAUUUCCAAACUACGUUGACCAAUAAAGAUCGCUUGAACGGCACUUGGGUCAAUUUACAGAUCUAUUUGGUGUCUGCCAAACUCUUCCAGGGGACUAGUAAGGUUUUCGAGUUGCCCUCUUUGACCCAUUCUUUAGAUAUCACGGGUGGUAAUCUAGUGAAUGUGGUUAAUUGUGCCUUGCGAGGCGGCGAGGACUGGGAUAAGCUGCUUGUAUUGAGCGGUGAUAACAAGGUGACGAUCACGCACCCCAUGAUUGACUUCUAUUAUGAUCAAGCCGAUCUUAUGGUUCCGUAUUUGAACAAGAAGGAUAAGGGAACCAAGGGGCCAACCCGUCUACCCUUGCAUCUUUUGAAAUUUCUUGGUCAAUUGACCACCAAAUUGACGCUUGUAGAACUUGAAAUCAAUGUCCAUAUACCUCCCGAUCCAGUCACCCCAUACCAUCGUAAUUCAACGACAAAUAGAGUGGUCACUUUCAAACUCUCCACAUUUGUUCACAGGUCUUCCACUACCAACUAUCAGAACAUUGGAGAGAAAUCGCUGGACGGCCCCACGAUCACAUCUCAAUCGCUCAAAUUGAAAAACUUGAGAAUGAAUGCCCUCGAUAAUCUUCUUCACAUCAACAAGCUCAACUCAAUUGUACUCUACAAUAUCUUGUCGAAUUCCAUGAGUGUUAGGUUGUUUGUCAAGAAGAUCAGUAUGAAGAGUGUCAAUGAAGCCAUUUUCCACAUGUUCAGAAAGAUCCGGAAUUGGAGCAACACUCAUUACAACAGAAGGUAUGAGGAGGCUAUAACGCAACCUCAAGUGUUCUCCCCAGCUUGUCAGGAUAAAAAUUCUCCAGGUUCUUUUGGAGGAACUGUCACCUUGGACAUAUUUAAUGAACUUCCGAGCUUCCUCUCUUCCAUUUCGGUGAAAAUUUCAACUGUGCAAGCAGAUAUAAUUUGUAAAGAUGGGUUACCCUCCCAUGUAAUUGAAGAUCCGGAAUUAUAUGAGCCUAUUGAUCUUUCUGACUUCCGUCGUGGAGUGUCGAUUCGUUUGGAUGAUCCACAAUUUACCCUCAAGAAGCACAAGAAGGAAUUGAGGUCCUCUAUCAAGACUGUUCAAUGUUUUACCUUGACAGAUCACGUAGCCGAGUAUGGCCAUGAUUUAGAACUUGAUUUGAAGUUGAAUAGAGAGGUUGGUGAGAAGGGAGCACACCACCAUCAUGAUCCAUUCGGUGAGUCUGGUGCUGAAGAUGAUACAGACAUGGAAGAUUUUUCCGAUGUAGGAUCAAUAGAUUCAACCAUCUUCCAUGGGGUACAUUCUGCCAGUUCAGUUCCUGGAUCAAGAGCUCAGAAGGUUCUUAAUAUCCAUGACAUAACCAUUUGUAACGAUAAUGAUGAAAAGGAUCCCAAUAAGUUGUUUUUGCGUCUCCCCGAAGUUGACGCUAGAGUCACCAUCUUCCUUAUCUGGUGUUCGUGCUAUGCAGCAAGUUUAAUUAAGAGCUUUGCCCCCACCGUGCAACGUCGUUGUACCGCCCAAGAAAUGGCGGCAUUAAGAGGUCCUUCAAAGAAGCUUAGGCUUGAUGUGUUAGUGGACUCUGUGGCAGUGAUGGUUCGUCUUCCCACUGACGUUGAUGUUCUCUUGGAAGUUGAUACAAUGAGAAUCUUGGAUGUAUUCCAAACCAAAUCCUUGAGAUUCAAUAUGGUGCGUGGGUAUGUGGUACAUCCUACAACUCACUUAUGGACCCGCUUGCUUGUUGUGAAACAACUGUCUGUUCUUAUGGAUAGAAUAGAUGAUUAUAAAGUCGAGAGUGAUGGUAUAAGAUUAAAUAUCCCUCAUCAAUUUCUCUUUUAUACUGUCAUUGAUAAUGUUUUAACUUUUUUCAAAGCAAUUAAGCAAAUCAAACACAACUUCACCAGGUUUAUCGAAGGUCUGCAUGACUUUGAUCGUCUUCUACCAGAGGCUAAGGAAGCCCUUAAGUUCCCUCAUGUCCAUGUGAAGGCUACAAAUUUAUUUUUAACGUUGGAAAAUGAUCCUUUUGAAAAUGAAUUAUCAUAUAUAUUCGAAUUAGGUUACUUGGCUCAGAAGGAAAGAAUGAAGCUUCUCGAUGCAUUUGAAGAAAAGGCUGAAAAAAUUAGAAGCGAGUCAAUUGAAAGUAGAAUCGGGCUCAGUAGUCCUCUUGCAAGAGAUGCAACUACAAUGAAGGAAGAACCUUCUGUGUUGGGAUUGCCACGCUCUUCCAAAGAAACUGAGAAACUUCUUGAAACUGCCCGUGAAAAACUCAACCAAGCAUUUAGUUCAUCUUGGAUCGCCAAGUAUAGACGCUUCCGUCGUAUCAAAAUAUCUUCUCGUAAGGAAAAGAUUCUGACUGUAUGGACAGAAGAUUCCAUCAAUAAAACCAUGCGUUCUAAGUUUGACAUUAUGAACUAUUCAGUCGGUGCACCCCUCUUUUCGGGUUUGUUUCGUGAACUUGACUUGGAAUUAGACCGCGCUAGAAUUGAUGAUCUUGACCAGUUUAUCUUUGACCACGCAAAGGGUCAACCUAAGCAGGACUAUUCCAUCUUGAUUCCUAUGUACAUGUCACUCAAAUGCCGUUCAUUGUUCAUGUUUUUGAAAGAUUAUCACUUGCCAGUCCUCCUGUUCCCUGCAAAUGGCUCGCCCACAACUGACGAUCCUCCUCCUGUAUUCAAUUUAAGAGGAAACAUUGUAAUCAAUGAGACUUUGAUCAAGAGGAUUGAAGAAAUGCGGUAUAUAUUUGUACCCUUUUCUCCAAUUGCUGCACCUAGCGAUGAAUCGGAUAACUUCUACUCUGUAUAUGUUCCACGUACUUUGACACCGGUAAAAUUUGUGGUUGAUUUGGAAUGUGACUUGCAGACAGAUAGAGCAUGUAUUAUUACAUGGUGUAAGUCCUAUGAGGCAGGUAUGCUGGCCACUAUGUCUGCAUUUGAUAACUUUACUAAGCCUCAAAUUGAUGACAGUCCGCUUGGAUGGUGGGAUAAGAUGGCACUCUUGAUGCAUGGUUCGUUCCGGUGCCGUAUAGCAAACGAGCUUUGUCUUCAUAUUAAGGGGCUGACCGACCCAUAUGCAUUGGUUGGGAUGGCUUCAGGUUUUGUUUUCAGUUGGAGGAAUAGCGUUUUAUUCCAAAUUAAUGGUAAUGGUAAACAUGACGAAUUGAUCACAGUUGAAAGUGAUGAUUUCUUGUUGGCAAUUCCAAACUAUUCCGUCCUGGAGUCUGCUCUGUGGAGUUUAAUGUAUGAGGGAAUGAGAAGAGAACCUUCUCUUCUUAAUACCGAUUUCUUGGCUUCAGAAUCGAGAAAGUAUCAAAAGAGAGUCAUGAAACUUACCUCCGCUCAAAAGGUUAAAUGGAAGGUUGGACUUUUAUUUGAAAGAAAUGUGGCUUCUCACAAUUGUAACUCGUCUAUUCCACAACUUUGUAACGAUCAGGAACGUUCCACCAGCUUCAAACCACAUUAUGACGUCAUUGUGACAAACCCUGCAUUUGAAUACCAUCCAGAUUCUUAUGCUGGGUUCCGUUCUGAUUACCUUCAUUUGGCCAUUAGUGUUGAACUGAAAGGUGGAAGUAAUACACUCUCGCUCACUCCUUUGACUUUCCAUUACUUUUUCCAUUGGUGGAAUCUUAUGACUAAACAUAUGUCACUCCCCAUCAAGCAAGGAGCUCUUUUCGCAGGGUCCACUACCGCUGAUAAGUCAUCUCAUGUGAAGAUGGGUGUUCAUUUAUUCACAAUCAAGUAUCAAUUGAUUCUUGAACCAUUGACAAUCUCACACUUGUAUAUGCACUCUACUAGUGACGAUCUUGAUGCAAAGAACCGUAUUGCCUUCACGGGUAUCAAGGGAAGAUUUGAUAGAUGUGCCAUUGAUUUACAUCAAAGAAAAGAAUCUCUUCGGUAUGUCAAUGAAAAAUUGAAUAUUAACAAUAAAAUCUUGCAUUUAAAGAUGAAUCAAGGAGCAAUUGAUAUCGAUGGAGCAGAUAUCCGAGUCAUAAGCGCUAUAUUUAACGAGCGACUGAUAACAGGGUACCUUGCAUCACAUUUGGGAGAUACAAAGGGGGACAGUCUUGCAAAUAUUUUUGAUUUGGACACUUCUUCAUCUUCUGGUGAAAGCAACAAUUCCUCUGAUAUGUUUGCCAAUGGUUGGGUGGACUCAGAUGAUUUUGUCGAGUUGGAACAAAGGGAAAUAUUAUCGGCUUAUCCUAAAGUGAGGGUAUUGCCAUUUUUCUACUCCCCUGCCUUUUCAUAUGUACGAGAGUUCACUCCUCUGAAGCGUGGAAAGUAUCCGUUUGGAAUGGAGAAGAGUCAUAAAUGUGUCUUGGGCAGUCGCAACCCGGAGGAAACUCAGAAGCAAUUGGUUACAGCGCGUAUAGAGAAAGUUGAGCAUGACUUAGCCCAUAAUGAGCGUAUGCUCCACAAGACGCAAGAUCCACGGGUCUUGUCAAAGUUGCAUAGUGAUAUCAAAGAAGGGAAGGAAAGAUUGGGCGUCUUACAGGCGGUACAUCAAAAAUUGGUUGAAGAUGAACAGGAAAACGAUAAGGGUGGCUCAACUCCAUACAAGUCUUCCGUAGAUAAAAAUCGAAAGAAAUCACUGGAAAAGUCCACCGAUGUAUUGUUGGAACCAUUGAGCAACAAUGAAAUUUUGCCCUCGAUAUCUUCUUCUUCGAUUCCUCUUUCAAAAUCACCUACUCCUAAAAUUGAGAUUUCUGAAUCGGAAGAUCCAACGUCCAACACUUCGUCAUCUGCGUCGUCCAUUAACUCGAAUUCAGAUGAAAGUUAUUUAAGUACCGGUCCAAGGCUUUCCGUUUAUGCUUCCCAUCUAUCAACUGCCGAUAUGCAAGAACUACUGUUGAUGAACCAAGGUGCUACCCAGUACCACAACAGAUUCAUCAUUCAUAAUAUGCAAUUGCAGUGGAACAAUAAAAUCAGAGAUCUUGUAGUUGCGUACGUGCAAAGAGUCUCGGAUAGAAAAUCUGCUGUAUACUAUUUGAGUAAACAAGCGGUGGAACUAGUGGAAAAUUUAAUUCGUGAAGAGAAAUUACAAGAAGAACGUGAUGAACAAGAGAGUAUGAAUGAUAAGCAAAGUGCACAUUCUACAUUCUCGACGCACCAGGGACAUACCAGUUGUAGAUCUGGAGAAGAAGUUAUUUCCUCGUUUGAGGAAGAAAUUUCUCGUGUUGCUGAAGAUUAUGAAGCUGAAAGAAAUUAUUUGGUUAAACUCAUCCACCCUCAAAUCCAGUUAACCAAUACUUCAGAUAAGAAUUCGUGUAUGUUGAUUAACUCAAGAGAUCUUGAACUCAGAGUUCUUUCCGUGAACAAACAAGGGGUCCACGAACUUAUCAGUGACAAUGAUAUUAUUGCUGGGUUGAUAGAAACUAGAUAUGGGGUUCUAUUCCAAGACCUGCAUGUAUUUGUAUUCCAAAAGGAUAAGGUCAAGAGCGGCUUGGAUAAAUCAUGGCCUCCAUGGUUGGAUCUUGAGUCUUGCUAUGAUAGUUCUUGGAAUCAGAACGAACUUGUCAUUGAGAGAAAUUCAAUGGCACUCGUGUAUCGGAAGCAUAAUCCAUUAUUGUUUACCUCGACUACUGAUGAUGUUGUUUCUACAGUAGUCCCAUCGUCUCCUCCAGUUACUUCUCAUGAAAACCAACUACUUAUUCAUCUUGCAAAGGUUGUCAUUUCUGCCACCUCGAAGCAAUAUGCAAUUGUUCUGAGCCUUGUAACGACUCUAUUUGUGCACGGAAAGUCAGAACGAGAUCGAGUGUUGGAACGUUUAGAUAAGGUGAUUUCUUUGUCGGAUUCCCGUGACUUUGAAGGUUUUGAUAUUAAACUUCGGAAUCUACAGAGAUCUAUCCGUGAUUACCGUGAAAUUUUCCUUAGACUAGAACUGCGUGGGAUUAGAUUAAGUGAUUCAGAAGAACAUCAAUUGGGUGCCUUAGAAUUGGAAAUGGAACGGAUGAAGAUAGAAUUGUUUGUCUUGAUGAAAAGUUUGGGUCUGAAGAGCACUAAAAUCCAUUCUCAAAGACAAGUGACCCUGAGUUGGUCAAUUUCUGCCGACCAGGUCAUCUUACAUUUGCUUAAUGACAAUAGAGAACCAUUCCUUGAUUUGGCACUGGCUCGAGCACAAUAUUCAAGAACAGUGUCCUUAGAUGCAUCCACAUCGAACAAUAUUCAAGUAAAUAUGAUUCAAGGGUUCAAUUUGCAACCGACUGCUGUUUAUCCUGAAUUUCUUCGACCACUCCAUGAUUCAAUUAAUGCCAAUUUGCCAGUGGUGAGCAUUCAUUGGAAGAUGUUAGAGCCAGUUGGGGGUAUCAGUAUCAUGCAACAUGCAAGGAUUGCAGUGCAACCACUUCAGGUUGAAUUAGAUUACGAUACAGCCAUCAAAUUGAUGGAUUAUAUCUUCCCCAAGGGUAAAAAGGCUAACAAGGACCAUGCAAAGGAGCAUGAACUGGAACGUGAACGUGACCAUAACGGUGAUCGGGAAAGUGACCACCACAAGGAAGUUGUAUCCAAGGUUGAAUCCAAGGAAAUUAAGCAUCAUUCAAGUAACCCAUUUAAAAACUUCAUCAAGAAAAGAGUUGCAUCCUCGACCUCAUCGUUACUUUCUUCUCCAUCAAGUUCUACUGUUGCUAGUACUGAUUCUGAUUCUACUUCCAUCGCUUCUUCUAAUCUUGAAUCUGUUUCAUCAAGACAAUCUUCAGAUUUGUCACUUGGUAAGAACACACCUACAUCUAGUGCCACAUCAAAAAGUAGUGUCAAUAAAAACCAAGCUAACAAGGAUGAGAUCAGUUUGGUUAUCGAACGUGCAUCGAAGUACAUGUCAGUCAUAGAUUUAGAGGUCACCACUUUCCAAUUGAUGAUCUCUUUCAAAACACCAAAACAUUUGAACAUCAUUGACUUCCAUAAGCUUGUGCUUACGAUUCCGCUGUUGCGGUAUCGCAACAAGAUUUGGUCGCCUGAAGAGGCCUUCACAAGGCUUCGGAAGGAUAUUAUCAAGAUUGUAUUGGCGCAUCUGGGUAAGAUCAUUGGGAACAAGUUUAAGGUGAAAAAGAGAUCCACGAUUUCACAGCCUUUGAAGCAAGUGGCAGAUUAUGCAAACUUCAUGACAGUGCAAGAAUUGCAAGAAGAAGGGCGUUCAAGAGAUUUUGGGAAAACUGGCAGUGAACACCACCAUAUCCAUCCGCAUGCACCACGGCACCAAGAGCUGCACCGUCACCAUCAUCACCACCACCAUCGUCUGAAACUGCUUUUGAGUACUCACGAGAGCACGCCGGCAUUCAAGUAUGACGCAUAUUUGGACACCGUUUCAACUAAUGGUGGAGGUGACGACGAAGACGAAGAUGAAGACGAUACCGAGGAGGAAGAAGAAGAAGAGGGCACCAGAGAUGAUCCUGGUCAACUGCAGACAAAAAUAACUGAAGAAGAAGCUAAUGGUACCCAAGGUGACCUGGCAGAAGGAGACGUGGAAUUGGAAUCGGAGGUACUGGACGUAAGCUCCGAAGACCUUCCACCAUUGAAAGAGUAGAGGUAUAUGUAUUUAUAAGAUAAAAUAAGGUAAUUUAAGGAGAA